AUGGAGCGACUUGCUGAGGUCCUCACGGACCACAGCGCCGGCCUGCCCACACGCAGCGAUUGGUCUAAGAAGCAAGGGAUGUCAGCUGCCAAGUUCACGGAAUACAGAGAAAUAUGCGCGCAGUGGGCCCCCGAAAAUGAUUGGGAAGGAGAGGACUUACCAGCCGAUGUAUUGAAGGCGUUCCGUCAUAACUUUGUUGAUUACGUCAAAGGAGACUGUGUUGUGUUCUUGCCAAUCAAUACGGACCAUGUGGACUUACACUACGCAAACUUGGAAUUUGGAGUCUUGCAUCUCGCCUUGCAGGGGUAUCCACGGCUUGGAAAAAAGCUCCGUGAUCGCACCAUGUUCAUUGUUCAAAAGCUCCCUCCGGUCGUGCAAGAUGCCGUUACGCUUUUGCCGAUCCUGGCAAUGGAUGAUCCCAACGCCGCGAACCUGGAUCUGGAGCGCGUUGCAUUUGGCGAACUGGUGGGUAGGGCAGAGCUGUCGCGCUUCGACGACAGCGAACGAUUGCUGGUGGUGAACGUGCGAGGGCUUAGCGCUGAGGCAAACCUCAGUCACUGUUACUCAGUGUUCUUCCCCGAUGCGAAGUUCCUCACAUGGUUACAGGCGUCGACGCUGGGAACAGGCACGAUUCUGGCAGUCUCGGAGUACGACAACGACGAUCGUCUCCAUUCCUUCGUCACUGCUCCCACAGUCCCCUCGACAAAGCCGAGUAAAACUGAUCAGCAAACUUUUUCCCUGUCGUCGAUACCCACUCGGAUGAGAAAUUCAGCCAUGCGACCGUUCGUUCCUCCAUUCAGCAAUCAGCUCUCCUCACAGCCUCGCCCAGCCUUCGGUGCAUUGGGAAGUCCGGGUAGCCAAGGCGCUCCAAGGGGCUCACCUGGUAACGGAUGGAGCGGUGGCCAAGGACCGCAGCUCACGACGAACGACAUUGGUAGCCUUCUCGACGCCCAGCAGACUCGUCUAUUGCACGAAGUGGACGGGCUAUUACGCGAUAGCGAAGAGCGCACCGUGGGAAAAAUCCUGUCACUUGUCCAGGAAGAGUUCUCAAACAGACAUGCGAACCAUCCGGGACCGGGGUAUGCAGAAAAUAUGAACGCCCCUGCGGUCGUUUUGGCUCCAAAGACCCCAUUCGGCGAUUCUCGAGAAAAAAAGCUUCGACUUUUAGUCACAGAAUUUUUGAAAUACAGCAUUCCUGAGCUCUAUAGCAUCUUGCCUGCAACGUUCGAAGAAUACCACGCAGGCCCAGCAGGUGCUAGAAAACUACUUGGGUUUCUCGUAGACCCAACUGGUACCGAGGGUUGGUUCAAGAAGGACAACAAAGAGGUUCUUGCCUUCGAUGUGAGGGAGACGAUCUCAAUGACGCUCACUGUGACGAAGAACAGGAUUACGAACACCCGGCACAAACAGGUCGAAAGCCGAUCCCUGUCUUCUACCCCUGUUGCAGGUCAGAAACGCACACGGCCCUCUGACUGGGCGGACUUGGGGAUGGACCUGCAUCGUCCUUCACCUGCCGUACGUUCACCUACGAUGGCCACCAACGCCAUCGUAACUGAGAAUGGCAUGCAGGACUACCACGAUAAUCGGACGUACAAUGACAUGCCGCCCUGUGAUCUCUUCGACGUUGCGAUGUCGGCUCUGCCUGACACCCCGGUCGUAUCACCUGAUAUGUCUCCUCAGCUGGACAGAAUGCAUCCAAAUGGUGCGAUUGCGCAUACAUCGCACCAAUCUGAUACAAGCCCUCCCCAUUUCCACCCGCAGAUUACGCUGGACAUACCAUUCAGUAACUACGACUUGCUCGAAUCCGGGCAGGCCUACGACGCUCAGGAACAAUCUGUCGAAACGGGAAACCACCGCCAGUCUGCCCCGGUAGACUGCAAGGAGGAUGAAAGCCCCACGUCGGUUCUUCUGCGUCAGAUGAUGGACCACGUCAGCCAGGAGAAAGUACAAGCGAAGAAACUGAAAGACAACGUACGGAAGAAAGGGAGCUGUCCUUCAAGUGUCAGGGUAACAUCGGUGCCUGACAUGGACCUUUCAGAUGAUGUCAUGAAGGCAGCCCGUCUUACCCUCGACAAAACCCUGAUCCCGAACAAGCCAUCGCAAUGGCCGAUUGCAGUUGCUGCCGCUGUCAAGCUCAUUGGCAUGGAAUUCAGAGACGAAGAGAACGGAGGUAUCACAUACAAGCGACACCCCAGCUCCAAUUGGCGCCAUGCAGCGUUCCCGGUUACCACAAUGGCAUUCUUUCAUGUAUGCUCUGGGUUGAAGGACUCGGUGUUUGUCGCACACACCCGAGACAAGAAUGCUGGUACUAUUACAACCAUCCGAGGCGCCGUGGCGUUGAUUGCGCAGGCUGUACUUGCGGAGGAAAGAGACUCAGCCGUAGCAUUGGCAUUUUUUGAGGCGAUGAAAACCAGGAACAUGCCCGGUAAGGUCGAUCGUGGAUUGGAGGGGCCUUUGAACCCAAGCAAGCCUGAGGGUCGUACUGUUUGCUGUCUACGGCACAUUUGGGUAAACGCUAAGGACUGCGACAACAUUCUCUGGGACCUAUACGGUCUGGCCGUGCGUUUCAUCCUACUGGCCGGUGGCGCCAAUCUUUUGUCACCUACUGGACAGGGUUGGGACAACGCACCAACCAUGGAGUGGUUGGAGAACGCAGAACCAUCGUGGAUGGAAAGUAUCCCCAGGGACCUACUUGAAGCGGCCUACAGUGUCAACUAUAUCGGGCAGGAUGCAAAGGUUAGGCAACUCAAGUAUGUGAUUCUGACAACUCCUGACACCUGCCCUAACUGUUUGGCAUGCGCGAAGAUGUCCCCUUCGAACAGCAUGAUUCAGUACAUGAUAACCGCUGCAGUCUUCCAGCCUCGUCCGCCUGAGGAAAUCAAGUUGUCAUUGACGCAGAGUCUGCAGGACAAGUCUCGUAAAUACAACAAGCGGCGAUUGCAGACGCUUCUCAAAAACGUCGACACGUUGGAGGGGUACAUCUACGCCACACACGUGGCAGCACCUUACUAG